AUGCUAAUAUGGUAUCCGGUUCCUUCAACAUUGGACAUUUUAGUUGGAUUUCUCGACGCUGGACACCACUUGGCUUUGUUGUUCUUUUUUGUAGAAUGGUACCUUGCUGUAGAUAAACAUCUUGGAAUAAAUCGAGAGCCAGCUUGGCAUGAAAUCGGACUUUAA